AUGAUGAAGAUUCUUGUUCUGGCCGUACUGCUAGAAGCCACUUCUGCAUUCGUCCCAAUCACCGGACAAGCUCUCGUUAACUAUGUCAAUUAUGCCCAAUCCAUGUUCACCGCUGAAUAUUCCAACGUCACCGAGGAAUUCAAGAAGUUCCGUGUGAUGGAUGUCAAAUACGCAGCUCCACACUCCCCCGAGCUCCGUGCUAGCCAAGUCAACACAGUCCUUCCUUCCAUCCCAACCUACUUCGACGCUCGUACCCGUUGGCCUAACUGCAGAUCCAUCAAAAUGAUUCGAAAUCAAGCAACAUGUGGAUCCUGCUGGGCUUUUGGUGCUGCUGAAGUCAUGUCAGACCGGGAAGAUUCUUGUUCUGGCCGUACUGCUAGAAGCCACUUCUGCAUUCGUCCCAAUCAAUCCAGAAACUCUCACCGGACAAGCUCUCGUUAA